UAGGUACAAUCAGUACUUAUUAAACACGGUAAAUUUUAGUAAACAACUUAAUAGAAAAUGAACUAUAAUAAUACCCAUGUCCUAUAUACAGUAUUUAGUAAUUAUGAUGAAAAUAUUCACUUCAGGGUAUUGAUAAACUUAAAAUAUGAGUUUUAAGUAUUUGGUAUAAAGUAUGAUAUAAAAGAUAUACGGCAAGACUGUAUAAUAGUCAUUGUUUAAAAAACAUUCAAGUGUGCUGUCUAUAUGUUAUUAUUUUCUUUCGUGUACUAAUUAAAAAGAAAAUGUUAACGAUAUUUAGUUUUACCAACUUUUGGGUUGACUUGAUCAUAAUUGUAACAGUAUUAUUCUCGAUUAUUUAUUAUUAUUGUAUUUCGACAUUUAAUGUUUGGAAAAAACUUAAUGUGCCUUAUAUACGUCCAAUUCCUUUGUUUGGCAACUACUUGAACGUAGCACUGGGCAUAGAGCAUCCAAUAGAAACAUACAAGAAAAUGUAUUACGAACUUGCUGGACACAAGUACGGAGGUAUGUUUCAGAUGCGAACUCCGUACUUAAUGAUCCGCGAUCCUGAAAUUAUCAACAACAUACUGAUAAAGGAUUUUUCGUAUUUUACCGACCGUGGCAUUUACGUGAAUUUUUCAAAUGAACCACUGUCAGAAGCACUGUUUUUAAUGGAAAACCCCCUAUGGAAAAUACUUAGAAGUAAAUUGAGUCCCGCAUUCACAUCUGGAAAACUUAAACAGAUGUAUAGUCAAAUCGAAGAGUGUGGCAAUGCGAUGAUAGAUAAUAUAUGUUCCAAGUUGAAGAAAAAUCCCAAUGAAAUUGAUGUAAGAGGUAUUUUGGGACAAUAUUCAAUUGAUGUUAUCGGUAGUUGUGCUUUUGGAUUGAAGCUGAAUGUAGCAAGCGAUGAUACUUCUUUAUUUCGUAUUCAUGGAAAUAAAUCAUUCAAACCAUCUUUAUUGUAUUUCCUGAGAGAAAUAUGUGUGAUGAUAUCACCGACUAUUUUGAAAAUUUUAAGGCUUCCUUUUUUUCCCAAGAAAACAACUGAAUUUUUCGGAUCAGUAUUUAAAGAAACGAUGGCGUACAGAAAAAAAAAUAAUAUAGUGAGAACUGAUAUUGUUCAUUGUUUAAUCCAAGCACAUCAAGACUUGGUUGUUGAUAACAAUUCAUCUAAUGGUGGUCUAACUGGAUCUCAAAUAUUAUCAAAUGCAUUUGGUUUUUUUGCUGCUGGAUUUGAAACUACAUCAACUACUCUUUCUUAUUGUUUUUAUGAACUUGUCCUGAAAAAAAACAUUCAAGACCGAGUACGCGAAGAAAUAAAAUUGACAAAAAUUAAAUAUAAUGGAGUAAUUGAUAAUGAGUUUUUGAAUGAUCUCAUUUAUCUAGAUAUGGUUAUAGCAGAGACACUCAGAAAAUAUCCUGUACUUUUUGCUUUAUUCAGAAUAGCUACAAAAACUUAUCGUGUGCCAAACGAUUCAUUAAUAAUUGAGAAGGGGCAGAAAAUUAUAAUUCCAACCUUUUCAUUGCAUUUUGAUCCUAGAUAUUUUAGUGAUCCCGAAGUAUUCAAUCCUGAAAGAUUUUCUGCCGAAGAAAAUUCAAAGCGACCUAAUGGCGUUUAUCUACCAUUUGGCAAUGGACCCAGGAUUUGUAUCGGAAAACGUUUUGCUGAGAUGGAAAUGAAAUUAGCUUUAGUAGAUAUUUUAUCAAAAUUUGAAGUGGAACCAUGUGAAAAGACCGAGAUUCCUAUAAAAUUUAGUAAAUUAUCUUUGAUAGUGAUUCCAAAGGAUGAAAAAGUUUGGUUAAAACUAAAACCAAUUUCUGAAUAAUAAUUUAGUACUUAAAUAUAAAAUUUGAUAUAUGUAUAUAUUAAUGUAAUAUUUAAAUAUUAAUGAGUGUGGUGUAAAUAAGUCUGAACUUAAUAAAAAGAUUUUUUGAAUUAUUAAAAUCAUUAUUAUUGGUGUGGGUAUAAUAAAUAAUAAUAAAUAAAUAAAUUAUGUGUCAAAUAUAUUUUACCGCAUGUAAAAAAGUGCAGGUCAAUUAGUUACCACUUACCACUCUACGGUACAGUAGGAUAUAAGUGAUAUAACUAUAUAAGUUACUGUAAUGGAAGGUAUUCAAUUUGAAUUCAGUUAUCUAAUAUUGUUGUAUAUGAAUAUUGAAUAACGAUUCUAUGCAACGACUGUUUGCUUAGAAUAUUUAUAUUACUAUUAGUAAUAAGGUAACCGAUAUAUUAAAUUUAUUGGCAUAGUACAAUGAAUUUACAUAUUAUGCUGAAAUUAUUUUUUAGUAUCUAAUUUUGUUCAAAUUUGUAAUUAAAUACUAUCUCUAAAAAAACUGUGUUAAUAUAUAUUUUUAGAUUGUUUGGCAUAUUAUAAAAAAAACCAUGGGUUUGUAUCUUUAAUAUUUUUUAAUGGCUAUUAAAAAACUUAUGAAAAACAUAGUAUUAAAUAUUAAAGCUGUUCGGUCCAAUGAAAAUAAUUUUAUUGACAUUAAUAAAAAAAAGAAAAUUUCAAAUAUCUAUAAAUAGCUCAAAACGAGUCAAAAUAUUUUGAAAAUGUUGUCAUAAAGAUAUUAUACAUAAUACAUCAAUAUGUAAUAUUAUAAUAUAUGUAUAUAAUUUUUACUGUUGAAAUACCUUAUGGUUCGAGACUUGUUGUAGGCCGUUUUAAGAUUAUCUUAAAUCAUGGUGUUUAGUACAGUACACCGUAUAAUAUACUUUUAUACAGCAUAUAUGCAUGUCCUGUAAAUUAUUCACAAUAUUUGAAUUUCAGUAUUUCAUGUCAUAUAUGAUAAAUUUAAUGUUAGAAUAAUGAUAAAAUAAAAUUUAGUUGCCAGCUUGCCGUUGUUGCUCAUAGCCGGUUGGAUAUUUGGACAUGAAUUAUUAAAACUAAAUCAUUUUUUUAUAUUAUAUUUAUAUUUUAAUCUUAAUAAUAAUUGUAUAAUCAAAUUGUGUUUUAAUAAAUUUUUAAUCUAUCUUA